CGCAGGUGACAGCGGCGGUAGCGCGGCGCGCCCCGCCGCCGCCGCCGCCGCCCCCCCGCGCCGCCCCCGCAGCAUGAUCCGCGGCGCCUGGAUGUACCCCCGCGGGGGUGCCGCCGGCGGGGCGGUCUGCUGCGCGCCGCGCCGCAGCGACAAGCCGGUGGCCGACCCGGAGCGGGCGCAGAAAUGGCGCCUCUCGCUGGCCUCGCUCCUUUUCUUCACCGUCCUCCUCUCCGACCAUCUGUGGCUCUGCGCCGGGGCCAAGCUGCGGGCGCGGGAGCGGAGCGGCGCCGGGCGGCCGCGGAGCCGCGGGCCGCGGGCCUUGCUGGCGGCCGAGCCGGCGGGCGGCAGCUGCGAGGCCCUGCUCGGUAACCUCAGCCGGGCCCCCGGCCCCUGCCCCGCCGCCCGCGGCGACCUGGACUCGGCCUGCGCCCGGCUGCAGGCCCUGCAGCGGCCGCGGGGCUCCCCGGCCGGCGCGCCCCUCCGCUCGCCCCCCGCCGCCGCCGCCCCCUUCUUCGCCUCUCCCUCCUCCAAGAGGACCUUCCUGCAGGCUUACUUUAGGAACUUCAACCUCUCCUUUUGUGAUACUUACACGAUCUGGGACCUGCUGCGGGAGAUGGCCGGCCCGGACGGCCUGGACUGCAGCGUGGACAACCUGAUGGUGGACUUGGUGGCGGCGGCGGCCGGGGCGCUGGGCGGGGAGGCCUGUAGCAGCUGCGUCCAGGCGUACCAGCGGCUGGACCAACACGCUCAGGAAAAAUACGAGGAGUUCGACCUCUUGCUGGAGAAGUACUUGCAAUCGGAAGAGUACUCGGUCAGAUCCUGCCUGACGGACUGCAAGGCUGUCUACAAGGCCUGGCUGUGCUCCGAGUAUUUCAACGUGACCCAACAACAGUGCCGACACCGGAUCCCAUGCAAGCAAUACUGCCUGGAGGUGCAGACCAGGUGCCCGUUUGUGUUACCGGACAAUGACGAGCUGAUCUAUGGAGGUUUGCCUGGCUUCAUCUGUACGGGGCUGCUGGAGAACCAGCUGCCCGACGAGGAGGCCAAGUGCUGCGAGGUGCAAUGGGACUCCUGCGACCACCCCCCAGACAGCAACGACAACCCAUCCCCCAAAUCCACAGCGUCCGAGUCACUCCAUUUCCACCGCCACGAACCCCACCUCCAUCACCAGCGGCAGAACCACUACCACCUCUACCACCACCACCAGUACCACCAGCCCCGCUCCCCAUCCUUGCUGCCGGUCUCCGCAGGGUCUCGCCUCAGCAGCAGCAGGAUCAGACUCUGCGUGCUGGUCCUGAUGCUUCUCCACACCAUGGUGUCCUUCUCCAGUGUGCACGGCGGCGGCGGGGCAGCCGGCAGAGGGCUCAGCCUAGAGGCCCUGCCCGCCUUGGAGGAGAGCGUGGCACGGGACGAGUGACGCGGAGGGGAAAGCCGACCUCCAAGAAGAACGCCAGAUCUUUUUCCACUAAGGGGGGCACAUGCUAUUCCUCCAAUGGGAGGCACGGGAUUGGGGGUGACGCACACACACACACCCCCGCACAUACCCCCAAGAGCUGCUCGCCGCGGGGCAUCCCCGUGAUGAAGAGUCUCUAAUGCGCACAGGGCUGCGGGACUCAGCUUUGAGAAGGGUUCGGUCAGUAGCAGCCGGGCAGCGCGGCGUGUCCGGCCUCGCCGAGGCGCCGGCGCAGGAAGGAGAUGUCAGGGCAGUUCAUUCACUGCCACUCAGGACUGCAGGCGAUGCUGGGAGACAGUUCCCUCUGCCCGUGUUUAAAAAAAGAAAAGAAAAUCCCUGAUAUCUGCUGCUCCCGGAGCGGGAUCCUCCUCGCCGGUGCCAUGGCGUUUCCCAUUGCUGUGUUCUGUAAGUGCCUCCCGGCCGACGAGGUCUCCCCGUGCCGGGGAGGUGGGUGAUUUCCAGCCCGGAGCGGGGCCGUUUGCGUGGGACAGGGUGUCGUCGUCCCCCCCCCCCAGCCUCCUCCUUCAGGGAGGGGGCACCGCCUUCUGCUCAGCCUUGGGAUUGAAGGCUUUGCCCUCAAAAAGUCAUGCAGCGGCUUGUGAUAAAUUAUAAUAUGAUACCUCGCUACCACCCCAAAAAGGAAUGCCUAUAGAAAUUGGUAGAGACAAAACGGGGACAGAAACAUACUUGGAUUCUGUGAAAAUCCCUAUUAAAUUCUGGGAUGUGACAGACGAUGUUGUUUAUAGACUUUUUGAGCCGCCCCGUGGAUAUAAAUCUCUCUUAAAUUAUCCUUCGAAGGUUAGGAAGGGCACUGUCUAAUGUUUAGGCAGGACGUUAAGAACCAUCUACUUCAGCCCGUCAAACAAAGUCAGCUCUUGGGCAUCCCAUCGCGAAACCCCGAGAUCAUCCCUGCUCAUCCCAGGAUGUUUUAGGGCUCCCGGAUCACGGCAGCUCUGUGGGGGCUGCACUGGUCCAAGCAUCGAUUAGUUUUAUUUCAGGAGGGAAGCUUUUCAGCAGCUCUUUUUUGGGUGUUCUUGGUCCAUAAGGCUCUUUGGGUGACAGCUUCCAGUCCUGUGCCUCGCGGCGGGGAGGGGGAUAGGGAAAACCUGCUCUGCUUGUCCUGACUGCCGAGAGUCCCGGUGUUUUACACCCUUCCUGCAGCCCCAGGCUCCACCUCAAACAACGAGCGGAGAAGAGCAUCCUCCCAGAAAUGGGGCUCCCAAAAGUGGGGCUGGCUCCACCACCACCCGCGGCCGGUCCUUGGGGGUCCUUUUCCAUCGUGGCCACUGCAGGACGUGCAGGUGCCACCUCCCCGGACCGAAGGCCGGCAGACGCUGGUCCCGCUGGGUGGGGAGCGCUGGGCGCAGGGGAAGGGGGGGUUUACCUCUGCCCCGGGUCGAGCAGAGCUGGGGACCCCGCGGGGGACGUCACCGCCAUCAGCGGCCCCGGGGCAAUUCCCAAAGGGACCUUCGGCUCUGCCCUUCUGGGAUGAAGGGAGCCAAGGAAAUGCUGCGGCCAUAGGCGAAGGAUAAAUCAUUUUCAAAUAAGGUCCGUAAAAAUAAAAAAAAAAAAAGAAUAAAAAAUUCCUUUUAAAAGUUGGGAUUUUAUCAAAGCUGUCAGCCCCUGCUCCCGGGCUGCGGUACUACACACCGUCCCUCCAGCUCCCUUCCAUAGGCUGCAGAUCCAGUACUUGUGUUCGAAACAAGGUCAGGAAUGGUUUCCAGUCUCGUUAGAAUUUUAUGAUGAUCCCUUUUUUCAGCCCAGGAAGUCGAUGACUUCGCUUGUUGUAAACUGAAACUCCAAAAAAAAAAAAAAAAUUAGAGUUCGGCUUAUGAAAUUUGGGUUUGGUUUUACCAUUUUUAAACGUAUUUAUUUGGGAAUGGUACGUGCUUGAGUUGCAAAACAAAAAGACAUUUCAAGCCAGACAGUGAUUUUUUUUUUUUUUUUAUUUUAUUUUGAAACUUGUCAAAACAAGCCAUAUUGAUAAUUAUGACCGAUUUUUAUUUUUCAAAUUGAGAAAUGUAUCAAGGACAGCCCUUUCCCACAAAACCUUUCAUUUUCAAAAAAUAAAAAUGAGGAAAAAAAAAAAAUAAAAAUCAAUCACACUUUUUCUGCUCGCACAGUUGGAACCGGUGGCAGCGGAUUCGAAGAGAAUAGCAAUUUGUAAGGAAUUCCAACCAGCUCUACUUAAAAUAGCAUCCAGCCAAUUUCUUGGGGGCAGUUCGGCUGAGCGGCUCCCUGGUGAAAGCAAACUGGAAAGCUGACUUUCUUACUGGGGCGGUUUCGAUCCGGGAUAACGCACCUUGGGAACCGCUUGGGCACGUUCCCCUUGGGAAUUGGCCGCUGAGAUGCUGCUGCCUGGGAGAGAGCAUCGCUUCUUCUCUCGGUCCUCUCGGUCCUUGUCUCGGUGGUGGGUGCCCCCAGCCGUCCCUCUAACCAAGCUCUAGUUUCUUUUCCAAACCAAAAAUAAUCCGCCUUUUUCUAGCUUUUUCAAUACAUUCGGACGUGACGGUGGCUGGGAUGCCUUCAAAAACCAGAGCUACUUACGUACGGUCGUGGGAGUUUUCAAGUCGGAAGAAAUGUCAACGCGCUGGGCCGGCAGGGAUGUCACAAAGGGGGAAGAGCCAACGCCAGGGGUCACCGAGAACCGUGUUAAGGGAGGGUUUUGAAGAGAUUUCCCCCCCCCCAAAGAAAGAGCGUCUUUGCCCUCUUGCCCGUCUCCGUUCGGAGCGCGGGCGAUGCUGUGGGUGGCAGCGGAGGCGAAGUCUCUCGGAUGGGCUCGGGGCGUCCCGGCACGCCGGGGGGACAUCGCCAGGGGGACAUCACCAGGGACCGGAGCCCCCCCUGCAAGCUGGGAUGGCUUUGCCAGUGUGUGGGACCAUGCUGCUUGUGACCGAACCCUUCUCAAAUGCUUGUGAAAUGUCGGUGGUUACAGAGCUCAGACCUACAAAAAAAAAAAAAAAAACCCAACAACAAAAAAAAGAGAUAAAAAAAGGUCCUUUUACAGUACGUGGUGGCGAGGUGAAACAACAAAAAAGAAAACAAAAACCAACAUACUGCUGAAGUCAAAAUAUUCUUUCUAAUCCCCCUGCCCGGUUUCUCUUUCUUUCCAGCUUUCUUCCUCUGCCUCCCGGACCCUCCCUCUCUGUUCCCACCCCCCUUCUGUUUCUCUUUCUCCCCUCUGUCAUAAGAAAGUGACUGUGUCCUCGAGGGGACAGUUUUCUUAUGCCAUUUUAUACACUGUGCUUCAUGUUUAGAACUUUUUUGCACUAGUUCCUAUUACAUUUAUUUUCCAAAAUGGUUUGACAGAAAACAAACGGAAACAAAAAAAAAAAACAAAAAAAAAAAAACACCCAA